AUGAACUGUUUCUCAAGCCUCAGUCAGGAGAAACAGAAGCUUGCCAAAAAAAAUAUUGUUGCAGAAGAAAAGCUAAUUGCAGAUGACUUGAUUGUACAGGCACGGGAGGCUGCUGAUGAAGAUCUCUUGGUUGUUCACACGAGGCGCUACCUUAAUAAGUUAAAGUGGUCAUUUGUUGUGGCUACAAUCACAGAAAUUCCACCAGUUGCCUUUCUGCCCAAUUUCAUUGUCCAGAGGAGAGUUUUGAGACCUCUGCGAACCCAGACAGGAGGAACCAUAAUGGCAGGAAAACUUGCUGUUGAUCGAGGUUGGGCAAUCAAUGUGGGGGGUGGUUUCCAUCACUGUUCAAGUGACAAAGGUGGAGGAUUUUGUGCAUAUGCUGAUAUCACCCUGGCUAUAAAGUUCUUGUUUGAAAGAGUCGAAGGGGUGUCCAGAGCCACAAUCAUUGAUCUGGAUGCUCACCAGGGCAACGGCCACGAGAGGGACUUCAUGGACGACCAUCGGGUCUACAUCCUGGAUGCCUACAACAGAUACAUCUACCCAGGGGAUGGCUUUGCUAAACGUGCCAUCAAACGCAAGGUGGAGCUGGAGUGGGGUACAGAGGACACAGAAUACCUUCAGAAGGUGCACACUCACGUGGAAGGAGCCCUAAAUGAAUUAAAGCCUGACAUCAUUGUGUAUAAUGCUGGGACUGAUGUUCUGGAUGGAGAUGCCCUGGGAGGACUUGCUGUUUCCCCUCAGGGCAUUGUGAAGAGAGAUGAAGUCGUGUUCAGGGCUGCCAGGAGCCGCAGAAUCCCCAUCCUGAUGGUGACAUCUGGAGGCUACCAGAAGAGGACAGCACGGAUCAUUGCCGAUUCCAUCCUCAACCUGCACAGCCUGGGGCUGAUUGACAAGGAGCUAGCAACCAGUGGGGCUGGAAGCCCCAGGGUAGAGCAGAUGAUUAGAGAUUCUGCUAAAGACUUAUGCAACUUGUCACUGCAGUGA